GGCGACACGCCGGAGCUUCAGCGCAGCUUCCCCUGGCGCCCGCGCUUCCACUGCGGCGGCUUUGGGGUCGCAGAUAGGUACCAGGAGAGCUUCCAGCGCUUGCUGGAAACUGCGCGGCGCAAGAACUCGCGCUUAGAGAUCCUGGCGGCGCAGUGGUACGGCAGCGACGUCAUGGCUGUCGCCGACUGGGGCGGCAGCCUGUCCGCGCUCAGCCGCCAGCACCUGCGAGGCUAUGCCCAAGAAGUCCGCGCCUUUUUGGAGGAGUGGAACUUGCAGGGUUACGUGGUAGACUUCGAGGGCACCAACGUGGUGCGCUGGUACACUGAACUCCUGGUCGCCCUCGCCAGCGCCUUCCGAGCUAGCGCGGGCGAUCGCCGUCUGCAGCUGGGCGUGUCGCCGAGCACGGCGCGGGACCUGAAGGGCACGGACUCGCUGACGGACUAUGUCCUGGUCCAGAGCUACGCGCCAAAGGUGGACCUUGACGACUACCUCGCCAUCUUCGACCCCCACAAGGUCUACGUGGGCCUGUGCCCGGAGGGGUGCUGGAACGGCACUGCGGAAGCCGCUUGCGGCGAGGUGCUGGCGAAAGGUCUGGGUGGUAUGCACGUGUGGCGCCUGAACAACGGAAAUGCCACGCGCAUGGCAGAGGA